AUGGUCACAAAAGAAAAUGUACAGGUGUUAUUACCAGCUGCAGAUGUAUGGCAGUUAGAUUAUGUAAAUGGUGUAUGUGCUGAGUUUUUACAAAAACAACUGAAUCCAUCAAAUUGUCUUGGUAUCAGAGCGUUUGCUGACUUAUAUAACUGUACUGAUUUGUUGUCAAUUUCUGAAGCAUAUAUUAAACAAAAUUUUUUAGAAAUAGCUAAAAGCGAAGAUUUUCUGUCCUUAUCUUCUGAAGAUUUGGUGAAGCUUAUUUCCUCUAAUGACCUUGCUGUUCCAUUUGAAGAAAAAGUAUUUGAAUGUGUUAUCAAAUGGGUAAAACAUGAUUCAGAUCAUAGAAUUGAUUUUUUGCCAAAGCUAAUGGAACAUAUACGUUUGCCAUUACUAAAGCCUGAUAUAUUAUAUAAUAUAUCUGAAGAACCUCUUCUAAAAAAUAGUCUUAAAUGUAGAUAUUAUAUAAUCGAAGCAUUACAUUUUAAUCAUCAAAAAUCAGUUCAGUAUUUUACCAUUCCAAAAACAAUUAGGUUUAAACCUAGACAGUUUGAUGGUUUUCAAAAAGUUCUUCUAAUGUUCAGUAAAUCUUUUGACGUGUUUAAUACAUCGCCAAAGUGUUAUACUGAAUGGUAUAACCCAGCAACCCAGCUAAGCAAGAUUGCACCAGGGUUAAAUGAAAGUCGGAUGAGUGCUGGUUUUGGUGUGAUAAAUGAUCAAUUUGUGUUUGCUGUGGGAGGUGUAAAUUUAUCGAGUUCUAAAUCUGUUAGUAUGCUUGAUGUAUCUUCACAAUCACCAUCAUGGGUUCCAAUGGCUAACAUGUUAGUUAGUAGAAUGGAUUUAGGAGUUGGUGUAUUGGAUGAUUGUAUAUAUGCAGUUGGCGGACGUGAUGGCAACAGUUCUUUAAAAAGUGUAGAGGUUUUUGAUGUCAGUACCCAAAAAUGGAGAAUGGUGUCUAGUAUGACAAUUGAGAGACGUAAUGUGGGUGUUGGUGUACUCAAUAAUCGUCUAUAUGCGGUUGGUGGUUCUGCAAAUGGUAACGGUUUGAAAUCUGUUGAAUAUUAUGAUUCCACACUUGACAUAUGGACUCCGGUUGCAGAAAUGUCUGAGUGUCGUCGAGAUGUUGGUGUAGGGGUUUUGGAUGGUCUUAUGUACGCAAUUGGUGGCGUUAAUGAAAGGGUGUCUCUUAAAAGUGUUGAGGUUUAUAGACCAAGUGAUGGAGUUUGGUCUUCUAUAGCUGAUAUGAAUUUACCCCGAUGUUUACCUGUAGUAGCCGUAUUAGAUGGUUUAUU